GCUAGAACGAUGUGUGAGAGGGGGUGGUGAAGACCCCCGUGGGAACGGCUGAGUUUGAACGUGCCGACGGCGCCUGCUAAGAACGAGUGGCUGGUUGAACGCGCAGGCCUUAUGCGUGCGGUAGCGAUGCUAUCUUCCAGCGCGCAGGCCCUAAUAACGAAUAGAGGUCAUCAGAGAGCCCUCGAUUCUGCUGGUGCUGGCAAAAUCCAUACGGAGUACGUCCUGGUAGUUAUUGCGCGGUCAGCGGUAAUUCGUCCUGCAAAUAGAGAGCGGGGUACCUCAUUUUCACUACGCAUAUAUUCUGCGCGGCGCGCCGCGAAGACGGCGGGGUCACCUGCGGGCGUGUGUUUGAGCUGCGAGCCUUGGGGCGGAAAUGGCACUAACGACUGCGUGCCAGAAUUGGGCUUGUACAGCAGCUUAGCACGAUUUUCGAAGUUCUGUCACUUAUGAAAUGAUUCUCCGAAUAUGGGACAGGGAAAAUCGCAGUGCAGAGACGCGUACAAGAAAUUCAAAUAAGAUAGGACGCGCUCUGGAGGUAUCUUCAGAAACGCGACCGCGAGUGCCAGUUCGCAGUGGUUCGAACGCGCGAGUCGGUGCGACGCGACUCUCGAGGCUCGCGUGCCGUCGGCAUUUUCAAUCUCAGCCGUUCCCACGAGGGUCUUCACCACCCCCCCUCACACAUAGGUCCAGCUUCGGGAGGAACGAUUGUCUUCCGCCUCCGAACGUGAGGCUGGUUCACGAGCCUAC